GAGCAUCGACUGCUCUGGGAGCGGCUUUACUGCCUGCGCUGCGGCCCGACAGGGCGGGAAGUGCAGGCCGCUAUCGCGAGCGGAGGCUGGACAGGAGAGGGGAGGUGACGGGCGGUGAGGGGCUUUGGGAGCCGCGAUCCAGGAUCUGUUAUCCAGGCAGUUCGCAGGUGCUGUCGAGAAUGGACAUCAGGCCGAACCACACCAUCUACAUUAACAACAUCAAUGACAAGAUCAAGAAGGAAGAGCUGAAGAGGUCCCUGUAUGCAUUGUUCUCACAGUUUGGUCAUGUGGUCGACAUUGUGGCUUUAAAAACUAUGAAGAUGAGAGGACAGGCAUUUGUUAUAUUUAAAGAACUUGGAUCAUCUACCAAUGCUUUGAGACAGCUACAAGGCUUUCCGUUUUAUGGGAAACCAAUGCGUAUUCAGUAUGCAAAAACAGACUCUGAUAUCAUCUCUAAAAUGCGUGGGACUUUUGCUGAUAAGGAAAAAAGAAAGGAAAAGAAGAAAGCCAAAACUCUGGAACAGUCAGCAAACGCACCAAAUAAAAAGGUUGUCCAGGGAGCAACACAGAAUUCAGCCAGUGCUCCAGGGACUACACCACAGAAUCAGGUGCCUGAUAACCCACCAAACUAUAUCCUUUUCCUUAAUAAUUUGCCUGAGGAAACAAAUGAGAUGAUGCUGUCCAUGUUAUUUAAUCAGUUUCCCGGAUUCAAAGAGGUACGCCUAGUGCCAGGGCGCCAUGACAUUGCAUUUGUGGAGUUUGAAAAUGAGAACCAAGCAGGGGCUGCUCGAGACGCUCUCCAAGGAUUCAAGAUCACUCCAUCUCAUGCCAUGAAAAUCACUUAUGCGAAGAAAUAGCUAUAUGCUCCUAUAAAGGACUUCUGUGGAUAUGUGUUUUUUUUAAAGACAUUGAUACUCUGGUCAGGUAGCAUGUUUGCUGUUCUCUGCAGAUAAGACUCAAGUAGAAUUGCCACAAUGACCAGGGCACAUUUCCAUAGAUCACCCGGAUAGUAACUUUUUCUGUUGAAAUACUAAUUUUUAUAAAAUAAAAUAUAAAUAUGCUGUUUUCAAGCCA